UGAACAGGACAAAUGUGGAUUUUAUGUAACUCUUCGAGGGCUUCCCUUCGGUUCUGCCGCUAGCCAGCUGGCUUAACCUGGCUCUUCUCCGUCUAGUUUUAUCGAGGCGAGGUUCCUGGAACAGAUGAAGAUAAAAUGGAGGAUGGCUGUUCUCAGAAACUGGCCUCUGCAAAGUACUUCAGGCUCUCGCUGCUAAUAUUAAUUCCAUGCAUUUGUAGUCUUAUCCUUUUGGUCGUGAUUCUCCUUUCAUUUGCAGGUACGUUGGGGAAAAAGUCUGUUCAUUCAAAUGGAAGUGACUUAAUUGGCACUGACAGUCUUUUUCCUAACAUGAGUAAAAGUGAUCCAGUUGUGGUUCCUUCAACGGACAAUAAAAUGGAGCUACCCGCUUGGACAACAAACGCAUCUCCUCAUGUCAACCAGAUGCACACGAAUGUUAGUAUACUUAGGGGAACCUCUCAGGUUGUCCCUCAGACUCCAGCAGUGAAAUCAGAGGAGGCAGCAGAAGAGCUGUGGUCCACCAACCCAUCCGUCAAAGUCAUAGGCAAGACGUCUUCUGUCCCUACGGUGACACCUACCAAACCAUCUGCCGUGCAAGAUGUGGGCUUGAAAAAAGGUUUGUGCAUAAACAUCAGCUACAGCCAGUGUGAAAUGCUGCCCUAUAACCUGACCACUCUAACAUCGGUUCUCGCCAUUGUCAGAAGCAUUGAAAUGGAAAAAUUUCUCAAGUUCUUUGGCUAUCUCAACCGCCUCGGCUGCUAUCAACACAUUAUGCUGUUCGGAUGUAGCCUUGCUCUUCCUGAGUGCAUCAGCGAUGGCGUCAACAGUCAUGGACUUCUGCCUUGUAGAUCAUUUUGUGAGGCUGCAAAGAAAGGAUGUGAACCAGUCCUUGCAAUGGUCAAUUCUUCUUGGCCAGAAUUCCUUGCCUGUUCCCAGUUCCAUAACAAAACUAAAAACAGCAAUGCCACCAAGGUCUGCUUCUCCCCACAAGGAGAAAAAUGGAAAGGAUUGCUUUGUGAAGAAGACGAGAGCUUCUUGUGCAGAACUGGGAUUUGCAUCCCAAGGACUCUGCAGUGCAAUGGCUUUAAUGACUGUGACGACUGGAGUGACGAAAUACAUUGCAAUUGCAGUGAAGACAUAUUCCGCUGCCACACGGGGAGAUGCCUCAAUUAUACCUUCGUUUGUGACGGUUACGACGACUGCGGUGAUCUUAGUGACGAGCAGAAUUGUGAUUGUAAUCCAGUUACUCAGCAUCAGUGUGGAGAUGGGAGAUGCAUAACAACGGACUGGAUCUGUGAUGGAGAUCCUGACUGCCUAGACAAGUCAGAUGAAGUCAAUUGUUCAUGCCAUAGCCAGGGACUGGUGGAAUGCAGAAAUGGACAGUGUGUUCCUGGUGCUUUCCAGUGUGAUGGAGACGACGACUGCAAGGAUGGAAGUGAUGAAGAAAACUGCGGUGGAAGUAAGGGCAUACCGUAUGUCACUCCCUACUUAACUUGCUGGAGAAAAGAUCUAAGAUCUUCCUUUGGAAAAAUAAAUGUUUCUUUUGUUCUGUGGGUUAUUUUGAGGAUGGUAGCUCAGGCUGUUCAUUUGACAAAUACCCCAGUGUUCACAGCUUGAAGCACAAUCCACUGUGAGAAUUU